AUGGACAAGGUAGCUGCCAGCAGAAUCGCCAGGACGAGCAAGAACGCCGCCUGGAUCAAGAGAGCCCAAGCCGCUGCCGAGAGGAACGAGGCGAGGAAGGAGGCCGAGGAAGAGAAACGCAAGCAAGAGAAUCAGCAACAUGGGAAGGCCAGCUAA